AUGCUACUGGAUCGGGGCAAAUGCCUCGAUCUUCUCCAAUCUUGCAAGACCCUCCCGGCGGCGGAGGUAAUCCAGUCUAGAAUCGAGAAGGAUAGGGCUCUAAUCGACGCCUUCGUCUCCAACAAGCUCAUCGAGGCCUACGGGCGAUGCGGCAGCGCAGCCCUCGCGCGCCAGAUCUUCGACGACGAGACAUGGCCCAAGGACGCGCUCUCCUGGCAAGUGAUGCUCGUCGCCUACUCGCGCAAUGGGCACCUCCGCGAGGCCCAGCGCGUCUUCGAAUCCAUGCCACACCGGGGACUCAAUUCCUGGACCGCGAUGCUCAAUCUCUACGCGCGCAAUGGGCAGCUCGAGCGCGCGAUGGAUCUCUUUGCCCGGAUGCCGACCCACGACGUAGUGUGCUGGAAUUCGGUGCUAGCAGCGCAUGCCGCGAAUGGGCAUCUGGAGGAGGCAGGGGAGAUUUUUGAGAGGGCGAUGCCGAGGCGCGACACUGCGUCUUGGAACACGAUGCUUGCGGGAUUUGGGCAGAAUGAUAAUGUCGAGCAGAUGGAGUGGAUAUUCCAAGGAAUGCCGCAGUGGAACCUUGUUUCGUGGAACGCCAAGCUCGCAGCAUAUGCCGAACAUGGGUAUCUUGAGGAGACUAGAUGGGUGUUUGAUUCCAUGCCAGAGGCGGAUCUUUUCUCCUGGAACACACUUCUCAGCGCGUUUGCGCAAGAAGGGAGUUUGCAAAGAGCAAAAUUCAUCUUUGACACUAUGCCGGAGAGGGAUCUUGUGUCAUGGACGGCUCUCAUCACAGAAUUCGCCAAAACUGGGCAUCUUGUGCAGUCUCGGGCGCUGUUUGACGAGAUUCCAGAGAGAAACCUUGUCUGCUGGAACGCGAUGAUCAGUGGCUACUGCCAAAACGGAAGCCUUUCGCAAGCGCAGGCGUUGUUUGACGAAAUGCCGCAGAGAGAUCUCGUCUCCUGGACAGCCAUGGUUGCAGCGUAUGGGGAAAACGGGCAUCUUAGUAAAGCAAAAGAGAUGUUUGAUCGUAUGCCCCACAAGGGCUUGGUUCCGUGGAUCACGAUGCUUUCCUCCCAUGCUCACAGCGGCGAUCUCUCCACCGCCCUAGUCAUGUUUGAUUCCAUGCCACACCACAACCUCGUCGCGUGGAACGUAAUAAUCUCCGCGCACGCCCAAGCCGGGCAUCUCCAGCAGACGCGCAAGAUCUUCGCCGCCAUGCCGCAGCGCAACCUCGUCUCGUGGAACGCGAUGCUGCUGGCGUGCUCCCAACACGCCGACAACCCCCGCGAAUCCAGGGCCGUGUUCGACGGGAUGCCGCAGCACGACCUCGUGUCGUGGAACGCAAUGCUGGGGGCAUAUUCGCGGCUCGGGCAUGUGGAGGACGCCAGAUGUCUGUUUGAUUCCAUGAGGCGGCGCGAGCGGCUCGACUUGGUCUCACUAAACGUGAUGCUGGCGGCAUAUACCCAGCGCGGGCAUAUCAGCGAAGCUCUUCUUCUCUUCAAUGGUAUGGCCCAGCAGGACAUACACUCGUGGACCAACAUUCUUGCGGUGUAUGCCCAAGCCGGGCAUCUGGAGCUUGCGGUAGCAUUUUUCCAGAGAAUGCCCGAGCACGACACGGUCUCCUGGAACGUUUUGCUGGCUUCCCAUUGCUACACCACUGGAAGAUUUAAAAGUUCCACCGUUUUGGAUAAAACUUUAGAGACCUCCUCGACGAUGAGACUCACGCAAGUGCCCGAUGGGGCUUGCUUCGUGUCGCUGCUCAGCGCCUAUAGCUCCCAAGGCAAGGUUUUCGAUGCUAUGCGCGUUUUCAGGUCCAUGGUUGUGGAUUUCGAGCUCCAGCCUUGUAAGCAGCACUACAGUUGCAUGGUGGACGUGCUCAGCCGGGCUGGACGUCUCGACGAUGUACAAGACUUGGUCGAUAGCAUGCCGUUUGUGCCUGAUGCAUCAGAUUCGAGGUGCUUGUUAGCGAAUUGUAGGAAUCAGAGUGCCAACCUUGGAUAUCUGAAACCUCCAUCUGAGUUUGAGGAAGGAGCGUCCUUCGUGCUCCUUGCAAAUGCGUACAAAAGUGUGUAA